AUGUGUGGUGGUGCGAUCAUUUCCGACUGCGUUCCGCCUAGCCGAUCUCGCCGGCUUACUGACGACUUGGUAUGGAGCCCUGAUCUCAAGAAAAACCCUACCAAUUACUACUCUAAGCCUUUGCGAUCUAAGAUCAUUGACCUCGACGAUGAUUUCGGGGCCGAUUUUCUUGAAUUCAACGACUACUCCGAUGAUGUUAAACCUUUUGCAUCCUCUGCUUCCAAACAUUCUAGGCUUUCGCAUGGCUGUAAAUCUAUAUCUGUGGAAUCGAAUGAGCAAGCUGAGAAAUCUUGCAAGAGAAAGAGGAAAAAUCAAUACAGAGGGAUCCGGCAGCGCCCAUGGGGCAAAUGGGCUGCUGAGAUCCGUGAUCCGAGGAAAGGAGUCCGAGUGUGGCUCGGAACUUUCAAUACUGCUGAAGAGGCUGCAAGAGCUUAUGACUCUGAGGCUCGGAGGAUCCGGGGAAAGAAAGCGAAGGUGAAUUUCCCUGUUCAAACUCCGCCAACUGUCUCAAAUCACACUGUUAAGGUAAACACACAGAAAAUACGCCCCAAGGAGGGCCUGAACUGUGCUCAAGUCAGUCUCAAACAGAAUUGCAAUUCAAUGAAUAACUUGGAUCAGGAUUGCUACAGUUCUUUGGGUUUUGUGGAUGAGAAACCACGUACUGAGCAGUAUGGUUAUGCAGACAGUUACCCAGUCACUGGAGAGGUGGGGCUCAAAUCAUUUGAUCCUUCAGAUGGCAUGUCUCUGUACUUCAAUUCAGAUAAGGGAAGUAACUCUUUUGAUUAUUCUGACUUUGGGUGGGGAGACCAUUGCUCCAAGGCUCCAGAAAUAUCAUCCGUUCUCACAGCCACAGUAGAAGUUGAUGAAGCUCAACUGGUGGACGAUUCUAAUCCUACAAAGAAAUUGGAGUCCAACUCUGUGGACUUGGUGUCUGGUGAAGAAAGCACUGUGAAUAGUCUGUCUGAAGAGCUCUCUGCAUUUGAGUCCCAGAUGAAGUUCUUCGAGAUCCCUGAUUUUGAAGGGAACUGGGAUGCUUCCGUGGACACUUUCCUCAAUGACAGCACAACUCAGGAUGGUGGGAACCCGGUGGAUCUUUGGAUGUUUGGUGACUUUCCUCCCGUGUUGGGGGGAGUUUUCUGAGCAUCCUUGAGUCCACUUGCUUGCUUGCUGUAAAUAAAGCUGCAUGUCCGUAAUUUUUGCCCUGGGUGUUUGUUAUUGGUGGUUGAGAUGGUAGACAAACAGUUAAAGCAUGCUUAGCUUGGAUGAUGAUCUCAAUUGGACUAGUUGUAUGAGGAGUACAUAGGUAAUUAGGUUUAUUUGACCUCGUGACGUUGAAUUUAAAUUUUCAUGUUUGGUGUCUGUAUGGUUGAUGACAUGUGAUGAGAACUGAAAGGUUGAUAAUAAAAACUUUGCUUUUCGUCUUGACUCCC